AUGGUCACGUGGGGGUCAAAGACCAUUAACUUGUUUAGUACCUAUAGUUCUACAGUAAUAUCUCGUCAAAAUAGGGUGUUUUAUUCUCAAUGGAAAUCACAUAAACGGUUAUUACGAAGAACUCAUAAUUAUAAGCAAAAUAAUUCAAACGAUGAUCAAUUUGAUUCAGUUAAAAAAAAAUUGCAACAAAUCAACGAUACAAAUUCAAAGAUAACUCCCCCAUCAUCAUUGUUAAGAAAUAUGGAUACACCGGCCUUACUUCUACAGAAAAAUAUCAUUCAAAGAAAUAAUUCAAUCUUCCAAUAUAGUACAGCAACCAUCCGUUGUACUGUGUUUGAUUCCAUGGGUAAAAAAACUCCAAUACCAGUAGAUAUUAAGAGGGAAGAUCUUGUAUCAUUGCAUGGACUUUUACCAAGAGAUUUCAGAAAAUUUGAAAAAUCCAAGAGAACUGAUUUAGUCCCCACGAUACUAGUCCGUAAGAAUACUAUUUUAAUAAGUUUAUUAACAAUUAGGGCUUUAAUCAAGCCUGAUAUGGUCAUAUUAUUCGAUUCAGUUGGUAAUGGUAUCCCAUUAAAUUCUGAAGCCCAUCGAGCUUUCCUAUCUGAUCUUCAAACAAAACUUCGAAAUGAGUCUACAAGUAAUGAAAUCACGCAAGAUCCUUUGCCCUACGAACUACGUGCUUUAGAGUCGAUAUUCUUAUUUGCUCUUACAAAUUUAACAAGUGAGAUGAAAGUUUUACUAGCAGUUUGUAAUAGCAUUUUAGAAGACCUUGAAUAUAGUAUUACUAGGGGGAAAUUACGUUUUUUAUUAUCACGUAGCAAAAAAUUGACUGUAUUUCAUAAGAAAAGCAUCUUAGUUCGUGAUAUGUUGAACGAUCUCUUAGAAGAUGAAGAAAUGUUAUGUAGCUUAUAUAUCACUGAUAGAUUGAAUGGUCAUGAAAGAUGUGGUGAAGAUCAUGAAGAGAUUGAAAUGUUAAUUGAGACAUAUUACAGUAGAUUAGAUGAAAUUGUUCAACAUGUGGAAAGUGCAAUUUCAAAUGUCAAAACCACAGAAGAAAUCAUCAACAUCAUUUUGGAUUCUAACCGUAACCAGUUGAUGUUAUUAGGUAUCAAAUUCGGAAUUGGAAUGCUGUCAAUGGGGAGUAUCAUUUUUGUUGGUUCUAUCUACGGUAUGAAUUUGGAAAAUUUUAUAGAAGAAACUAGUGUUGGAUUUGGUUUGGUUGUGACUGUAGGAGUCAUUGGGAUGUUAUGGUUAUUUUUCCGUUAUUUCAGAGAUAUGAAAAGUUUAGAGAAGAUGUCAAUGACUAUUAACCCCAAGACAAUGAAGAAAAGAUGA